AUGGCAGAUGAAGAGGAACAGUUUCUGUGUCCCCCAAGGGACAAAGAAGAUUACCCCCCGCGGUUCCGACAAGAGUCCGCUUAUAACCCCCUUUCCACCUUCCAUCUGGCCCCCGGUGAAACGAGGAAUUACCAGCAGCAGUAUGCGGACAUGUACUUUUUACGGCUGGCAAGGCUCAAGCCUGUUGUGUCGCAAAUUGCGGCUGCUGAAUGGGAGGGGUUUACACACUGGACAGCCGCCCCGCCUCGGCGAAAAACGUAUUUAGAUACCUCUAACCAAGAAAGCGCACAAACUAUGCUGGAAGACGAAUCGGGCCGGCUCCGACUCACUGGUACUCUACUUCAGUCUGCUUUACUGGUGACUGGCGCCGUUGUAGCUGUACUUGGGACCGAAAACGCCAAUGGUGAUUUCGAGGUGAUAGAUGUCAAGGUGCCCGAUCUACCGCCCCAGCCUACCAGAUGGGAACGCGACAGCACGGAUUCAGGAUCUGGGAAGAGGAAACGGAGCCUAUUAGAUACUGCUGAUGACGGACCAAGGAAGAAGAUCGCAUUUGUCAGUGGGCUCGGAAUCACUGGCACUUCAGGAGAUACUGUGGCCUUGUCGCUGCUGGCUGAUUAUCUCCUUGGUUUCGCCGAGGGUGGCUCCAUUCCGACUAACUCGACCCAAAUAUCCCGCCUCAUAAUAGUCGGUAACUCCCUUGGACGCGAUGUGUCUUUGAAUCUUGAAGAACAGGAUGCAAAUGAGGCAGUGAAAAAGAAGCGGCAGACCAAGAAAUACGGAUAUGACGCAUCAGCGUACAAUGCAUCGCCAAUAACUCACCUUGACAAUUUUCUCGCCGAGAUUCUUCCCAGCAUACCCGUCACCCUGAUGCCUGGUGAAACUGAUCCUGCAAAUUUCGCUCUACCCCAGCAAGCAAUUCACCGCGCCAUGUUCCCGCGGUCUAGAAACUACUGCUCGCCCCCUCGCUCAAGUCUCGAAGAGGUGCAAUCAGAACCCGGAUGGCUUGAUACCGUCACGAAUCCGUGGCAGGGGGAUGUUGAAGGGUGGAGAUUGUGGGGCUGUAGUGGACAAAACGUCGACGACGUGCUGAAAUACAUCUCUCUUGACGAUGAUGAAAUUGAAACUUCGCGAGAUCCCGAGGGCGACACGCGGUUACGGUUGAUGGAAGCCAUGUUGCGGUGGAGAUGUGCGGUCCCCACUGCACCGGACACGAUAUUGAGACUGGCGAGUUAG